AUGCUUAUCGGGUUGUGUGGAGGUAUCUGCGCUGGCAAGCAUGCUAUUGCUGAGUAUUUGAUUCAGCAUCAGGGCUUUCAGCUCCUUGAAGUUGCCAACAAAGCCCAUACACCAAUCACGGAUGAGCCCAGCGAUCACCAGCUCCUGCUUCAGGCUUCUGCUCCCGACAGAGAGCGUGUCUUUAGAGCCCCAGACGCCCGGUCCGAAUUCGUCUUCCCAUCGGCAGAGGCUUUGAUGGAUUUUGUCACUAAGCGAUGGCAAGAGAAAUGGGUGACUACUGAUAUCGCCGACGGCGUGACACUUGACCGCUUCUCGCUUCGACCAUUUUUCCUCUUAGUGAGCGUGGACGCUCCCGUUAGUCUUCGUUGGAAGCGAUUCUCAGAACGGUGUCAACAGCGCCAGUUGAGUCCACCCGACUUGGAAAAGUUCGUGCUGUGGAAUGAUUGUCAUCUCUACGACAAAGACCUUGGUCGAGUCUAUCUCACCGACCGGGCCCAAGUACGCCUUUUCAACUCCUCCUCGUCCUUGGAAGAGCUCCACCGGUCUCUUGAGACCCUGAAUCUGGCGGAUGAGCAACGCCUGCGCCCGAAUUGGGAUCAAUACUUUAUGCAGCUCGCGUCUCUCGCCGCGCAGCGGAGUAACUGCAUGAAACGACGCGUGGGAUGUGUUCUUGUCAGAGAGCGUCGAGUUAUCAGUACGGGCUACAACGGAACGCCUCGGCACUUGCCCAACUGCAACGAGGGUGGAUGUCCCCGUUGCAACCGGGGUGAUGGUGGCGGAGUCGGACUUUCUACCUGCUUGUGCCUCCAUGCCGAGGAGAAUGCUCUACUUGAAGCGGGUAGGGAGCGCAUUCGAGAAGGUGCAAUUCUCUAUUGCGAUACGUGUCCUUGCCUGACCUGCACGGUCAAGAUCACCCAAGUUGGGAUCUCUGAAGUUGUGUACUCGCAGGGCUAUAAUAUGGAUAAAGAUAGCGCGGCGAUUCUCGAGGCAGCAGGUGUGAAAUUGCGACAAUUCAGUCCGCCCUCAAAUGGACUAAUUUAUCUGCAAGGCUCCGAUUGA